AUGUUCGGAAGUACUGCUCAAUGUAUUUUUUGUUAUUAGUAAUAUUUUCUGUUUUUGAAGUUUUAAAGAAACAAUACAAGUUGCUAAAUUACUUAGUCAAGAAUUUUAAUGUGUAUCACUCAGCACGUGCAAUUGAGUCACAAUUUUUGCAAACCCAUAACGAAUUGUGGACUUUUUUUUAUGCUAUUCUAAUUAUCCAAAGUUACUUUAAUCAAAGUACAAAAUUAAUGUUACGUAAUGUAACUAUCAUUGAGCUGUUGCUUAUUGUUACACUUGUUUUAUUAACAAAAAGUUUUGAAUUUUCUAAUAAAAUUUAAUUUUUCUUUUAAAUGAUUAAUAUUAAUAUAAAAAAUUAGGCCUUAUAGAUUAUAUUACUACAAGCUCUAUUGGAAUGUAAGCACGUAUACCAUUCUUUCAUAAAACAUUGUGACUGUGCGAUCUUUUACAAAACUAUUACAAAAUAUUGUGUGAUAUUAUGUGCAUUUAGUUAGACGACAAAAAAAAUUAAUUUUUUAUUUUAUAAAUUUUUUAUUUUAUGAAUUUAACGGUUGUGUCGACGUCGGUCCAUUCGCCAUCGUAAAACUGCACCAAAACUGAACAUUCCAAGGUAGAAUGCAGAAUAUUGCAUCUUGUGAAUCAUUGAGGUGUCAAAUUAUAAAAUUUUUACUUUGGUUAAAUUAAGAUGCUACACAGAUAUAUAUAUAUAUAUAAGAUAUAUAUAUAUACCUAUAACUUAUUUGACCUUUAGACAAAUGAUACUAUGUCAAUGUCACAAUGUCAUUUUUUUGAAAUCGAAUAUUCUUACAAUUUAUAUAUGAUAUAUUUUAUCAUUGCAUUAUGUCUUUUUAAGUGAAUUAUUAUUCGCGUUAGAGUAUUCAAUUAUCACAUUCUUUUUUUUUUUUUAUCAUUGUGAUCAGAGUGGUUUGACACGUGCUGAAUAUCGGAACACGUAAUACGCCUUGACUUUUGAUAAAUAAUGAUCUUUUCACUACAAUAAAAACACAUUACGUUUUCCUACUUAAUAAUUAAAUUCUUAAUAUCUAAAUUAUAUACAAAUUUCUUGUGUAAGAAUAUUGCGAAACCUGAACCUUUUAUUCACGCGUUUUGUACUUACGUAACAAAAGAAGUGCGACACGAAAUUAUUAAAAAAUUAUUUAAUAGACACAGUAAAUUGAUAAAAAAAGUUUCAAUAUGUAUGUUAUUGAUAUUUUAAAAACUUAUAUAUAACAAUUUUAUGCAGAUUUAAAAACCAUGGGUGUUCCUGCUGGCGAUGUAGAGAAAGGAAAGAAGGUAAAAAUUAAAACUAUAACAUUUUAUGUUUGGUUUGCUAUUGCUUAAUUUCGAACAUGUUUAAAAUUUUUGAAAUCUAUACCGGAAAACGCAUGAAUAAUCUUAAUCUCCCGUUACGUAUGGAAAUAUUGAUACUACGUAUUCACGUGAUUACAUGUCACGGUAAUCUUCAUCGGUAAUAUAGAUUUACCUUUUAUUAUAUCAAAUAAUUAUUUCUAACGAUUUCUAUUCGUGUUUGAAACAAAAUUAAUAAUUGUUUUAAAAAAUUGUUAAAUAUUUAUUUAUGCGAAAACAAUUUUCUUUUCUUUUAUUAGCUCUUCGUUCAAAAAUGUGCACAAUGCCAUACAAUUGAAGCUGGUGGAAAACAUAAAGUAGGACCUAAUCUCCAUGGAAUAAUAGGUAGAAAAACUGGCCAAGCCGCUGGUUACAGUUACACAGACGCAAAUAUAUCAAAAGCUAUCACUUGGUCCAGGGAUACUUUAUUUGAAUAUCUUGAAAAUCCAAAGAAGUACAUUCCUGGUACAAAAAUGGUGUUCGCUGGUUUGAAGAAAGCACAAGAACGUGCUGAUUUAAUUGCGUACAUUGAACAAGCAUCGAAGUAAGCUUGACAAUUAUAGAAAAUGACAAAGCACGCUAGACGUGUUUGGCGGGCAUAGAGGAAAUCUAGUACUAAUAUCAUCUCAAACCUCAUGAGCAUCCCGCUACAUUUCACUCAACUCAUUCAUCUGGUACUCAAGCAUUCACAAAGUCUGAAUAGUGAAAAAUUAUUGUUGUUAAUUAUAAGUAGAUGUGCCCGUGCAUGUAACCAUGUACAUUGA